UUAAUGCUCCAUCAAAACCUUCCCCCGUCCCCGCCAUGCAGCAACCCCGCUCGCACACCUCCAAAACAAGGGGGAGAAGAAACAAGUGAGGCGCGCCAAAUCCACUGUCCUCCCCUCGCCGUCGUCAAUGGCCUCCGUCGGUGGCGCCGCUGCGGCGGCGUCCGCCCUCUUCUUCGCCUUUCUCCUCCCCCUCCUCGCCGGCGCCUCCGAGUCCGACCACAAGUACCAAGCGGAAGCCCCGGUUACGCUCUGGGUGAACAAGGUUGGCCCCUAUAACAACCCGCAGGAGACGUACAACUACUACAGCCUUCCAUUUUGCCACAGGUCAGAUAACCCUGUGCAUAAAUGGGGAGGGCUUGGGGAGGUCCUUGGUGGGAAUGAACUGAUCGAUAGCCAGAUUGACAUAAAAUUCAAAAAGAAUGUUGAUAAGGACACCAUAUGUUCGAUGGAACUUGAUUUUGAAAAGGCCAAGCAAUUAUCGGAUGCAAUUGAGAACUCAUACUGGUUCGAAUUCUUCAUUGAUGAUUUGCCUCUGUGGGGUUUUGUUGGAGAGGCAGAUAGAAACAACGACAAUAAAUAUUUUGUUUUCACUCACAAAACUAUUUUCAUCAAAUACAAUGGCAAUCAGAUUAUCCAUGUUAAUCUUACUCAAGAAAGUCCAAAGCUUGUUGAUGCUGGUAAGGCAUUGGAUAUGACAUAUUCUGUCAAGUGGGAACCAACCAAUGUAACGUUUGCUCACCGCUUUGAUGUCUACCUUGACUAUCCUUUCUUUGAACACCAGAUUCAUUGGUUCUCAAUAUUCAAUUCUUUUAUGAUGGUUAUCUUUCUCAGUGGGCUAGUGUCGAUGAUACUGAUGCGCACUCUAAGGAAUGAUUAUGCAAAGUACGCCCGUGACGAUGAGGAUCUGGAAACCCUGGAAAGGGAUGUCAAUGAAGAAUCUGGGUGGAAGCUUGUACAUGGGGAUGUUUUCCGGCCUCCUCGCAGUUUAGCUCUUCUUUCAGCUCUUGUUGGCAUCGGUACACAGUUGUCAGCUCUUAUUCUGCUAGUGAUUAUAUUGGCAAUCAUCGGAAUGCUGUACAUUGGGCGAGGAGCCAUUGUCACGACAUUCAUUGUCUGCUAUGCCCUUACUUCAUUCAUUUCUGGAUAUGUUAGUGGCGCAUUGUACUCACGGCAUGGAGGAAAAAACUGGAUAAAGUCAAUGAUCAUGACAGCAUCGCUGUUCCCAUUUAUGUGCUUUGGAAUUGGUCUAGUGCUCAACACUGUUGCUAUAUUCUACGGAUCAUUAGCUGCCAUACCAUUUGGUACAAUGGUUGUUAUGUUCAUCUUGUGGGCCUUCAUCUCUUUUCCUCUUGCUCUUUUGGGAACUGUUGUUGGUAGAAACUGGAGCGGUGCCCCAAAUAAUCCAUGCAGAGUGAAGACUAUUCCCCGUCCUAUCCCUGAGAAGAAAUGGUACCUCACGCCUUCUGUAAUUGCUCUUAUGGGAGGACUGCUUCCUUUCGGCAGUAUCUUCAUUGAGAUGUACUUUGUCUUCACGUCGUUUUGGAAUUACAAGGUAUACUACGUGUACGGAUUCAUGUUGCUGGUCGUCUUGAUCCUCAUAAUUGUCACAAUCUGUGUAACGAUUGUUGGUACAUACUUCUUGCUAAAUGCUGAGAACUACCACUGGCAAUGGACUUCAUUCUUCUCCGCUGCUUCCACCGCUGUUUAUGUUUACCUCUACUCCAUAUAUUAUUACAACGUGAAGACCAAGAUGUCAGGAUUCUUCCAGACAAGCUUCUACUUCGGCUACACUCUGAUGUUCUGCCUAGGUUUAGGAACGCUUUGCGGUGCUGUAGGAUAUCUUGGCUCUACCUUGUUUGUGAGAAGGAUAUACAGGAAUAUAAAGUGUGACUGAAGACUGCCCCCAAUUAUAUUCCUGGGGAGUGUAUGUCAAUGCUUUGUUUUGUUGAGGGAGCAAUGAUUCUGUGGUGUAGAAGGCAAGGCAGUUUGGGAAUAUGAUCAUUCUUUGACAACAAGCUGCACUGCCGUCUUAAUUUCCUUGUCCUUUUUGUUUCCCUCUGACCCCUCUUUGGGUCAACAAAUUUUCAUGCUCAAUGAGCCAUAUAUAGUAUUUGAUCUGUUGAUGCGGCAACAUUUUGUCUUGCUCAAUUAGGUAUAUAGCCGUGAUCAUAGUUGUUGAGUAGUAAAUCUGUGGUAUAUAUGACAAUUAUUAUUCUUAAAUGAAAUGAGACCGUUGUAUACAA